UUUUGAAUUUUUUUUCAUUGUUUGAUGUAUUUUCCUCCUCAGAAACUUUUCAGUGAUCUUUAAUAUCUCUUCAACUCUCAAUCAUCACUUUGGUUUCUGCUUUAAUCAAGGUAGCUUUUGCAGUUCCAAGAGUUGAUAAGAAUGGAGGGUGUUGAGGAGAAUCUACCCUCAUCAGAAUCCUCUUCAGAAAGUGCUAAUGAGCAAAAGCAGCAAAAUGUAGAAACCCCUGGUGAAACUUCACAUGUAAAUGAAUCCACUGUUAGUGAUAGUAGAGAAGAAUCCGAGACUCGUUUGCCGGAGACAACAGCCGAGGAAUUAACCGAAUCAGCAAUGCUGCCUAAUGCUUCUUCUGGUAGUCCAAUUAUUGUUGAAGAAAUUGAAAAUCCUCCCACAGAUGACUCGGCAUCAUCGCCGCUGGAUGAUACUAAGCUUCACACAGCAGGAUCAAAUGAUGAUCAAAUUAUAGAACAAGAUAAUUCAGGUUCUACAGAGAAUGUAGAUUCUGAAGAGAUCCUUGAGCAGCAGAAGAAUGUUGAGACUGAUGAUUCAAAUGAUGUCCAAAUCACAGAACAAGAUGAUUCAGCUUCUACAGCGAAUGCAGAUUCUGAAGAGAUCCUUGAGAAGCAGGAGAUUGUUAAUAAUGAUGACCAAAUCAUGGAACAAGAAAAUUCAGCUUCUAUGGAGAAUGCAAAUUCUGAAGAGAUCCUUGAGAAGCAGGAGGAUGUUAAUAAUGAUGAUCAAAUCAUAGAACAAGAUAGUUCUGCUUCUACAGCAAAUGCAGAUUCUGAAGAGAUCCUUGAGAAGCAGGAGAAUGUUAAUAAUGAUGAUUCAAAUGAUCAUCAAACGUUAGAACAAGAUAAUUCAGCUUCUACAGCGAAUGCAGAUUCUGAGGAGAUCCUUGAGAGGCAAACGAAUGUUAAUGAUGAAGACUCAAAAGAUAAUCAAAUCAUAGAACAAGAUAAUUCAGCCUCUGCAGAAAAUGCAGAUUCUGAACAGAUCCUUGAGAAGCAGGAGAAUGUUACUAAUGAUGAUCCAAAUGAUGAUCAAAUCAUAGAACAAGAUAAUUCAGCUUCUACGGCGAUUGCAGAUUCUGAAGAGAUUCUUGAGAAGCAGGAGAAUGUUAAUGAUGAAGAUUCAAAAGAUGAUCAAAUCAUAGAACAAAAUUCAGCUUCUACAGAAAAGACAGGUUCUGAAGAGAUCCCUGAGCAGCAGAAGAAUGUUAAUGAUGAAGAUUCAAAAGAUGAUCAAAUCAUAGAACAAAAUUCAGCUUCUACAGAAAAUACAGGUUCUGAAGAGAUCCUUGAGCAGCAGAAUAAUGUUAAUGAUGAAGAUUCAAAAGAUGAUCAAAUCAUAGAGCAAGAUAAUUCAGCUUCUACAGAAAAUCCAGGCUCUGAAGAGAUCUUUGAGCAGCAGAAGAAUGUUAAUACCGAUAAUUCGAAUGAUGGUCAAAUCAUAGAACAAGAGAAUUCAGCUUCUACAGAAACAGCAAAUUCUGAAGAGAUCCUUGAGAGGCAGAAGAAUAUUAACAAUGAUGAAUCUAGUGUCACUACUAUCGAUGAUCAAACGGAGAUUCCGGCUUCUAAUCCUGAAACAAAAGAGUUCCAUGAUGACAGUACCAAAGAAGUUAUGUUAUCAUUGCCUCAAAUCAUAGUUACUGAUUUUAGCAAGGAAAAUUCAACACUGACGAGUUCAAAUUCUUGUAAUGCUAUGGAUACCAUGAAUGCUGAUUCUGAACCGGAAGAUUUCUAUGAUAGUAAUCAAGGUGGUUCUGCCGUUAAAACUUCUUCCAUUACGGAUGCAAAUGACUUGAUAAAACGGUCUACAUCGGCACCGGAAAUAAAACUGUUGCAGAUGCUGAAGGAGAAUAGAAGACGAAAGAUGAACUCAACGGCUCGAAAAAGGGCUGAUGUUGCUCAUAUACCAACCGGCUCGCCUUCAAGUUCCAAGAAAAAUGCUGAGAAUAGAGGCUUCAUCGACACGGCAGCUCCCUUCGAAUCUGUAAAGGAAGCUGUUUCCAAGUUCGGAGGAAUUGUGGAUUGGAAGGCUCAUAAGAAACAGACCGUAGAGAGACGAAAGGACGUAGAACAAGAACUGGAGAAAGUGCAGCAGGAGAUCCCAAUAUACAAAAAGAAAUCAGAGGCAGCAGAGAAAGCGAAACAAGAAGUACUUCAGGAGCUGGACACCACCAAGAGACUAAUAGAAGAGCUGAAGGCAAGACAGGAUUCCGAACUCGCAAAGCUCAGAGUGGAAGAGAUGGAGCAAGGUAUCGCCGAGGACUCGAGCGUGGCGGCCAAGGCACAGCUUGAGGUCGCAAAGGCCAGGUACACUGCGGCAGUUACAGAGCUAACAUCGGUUAAAGAGGAGCUGGACGCGUUGCGUAAGGAAUACGCUUCCUUAGUUGUUGAAAAAGAGGAAGCUAUUCAGAAAUCGGAAGAAGCAAUUACUUCGUCCAAACAGGUUGAGAAGACUGUGGAAGAAUUAACCAUUGAGUUGCUUGCUAUAAAGGAAUCGAUGGAAGCAGCACAUGCAGCGCACAUGGAAGCCGAAGAACAUCGGAUGGAAUCGGUUAUGGCUAGGGAUCAGGACUCUCUCAAUUGGGAAAAAGAUCUUAAACACUCCGAGGAAGAACUUCAAAGAAUAAACCAGAAAAUCUUAGCUGCUAAAGAUCUUAAGUCUAAAUUGGACACGGCCUCGACUUUGCUGACGGAUCUGAAAGAUGAAAUGAAUGCUUAUACAGAAGCACAGUCGAGGCAAGACGGAAGUGCCGAACGUGAAGAACUGUGGCCUUUGAGGACGAAGAUACACAAUGAAAUAAAAGAAGCCGUUGAAUCUGCGAAGAAGGAACUUGCGGAAGUGAAAAGUAAUAUAGAAAAAGCAACUGCUGAGGUUAGUAACUUAAAGGAAGCCGCAGCGGCGUUGAAAACCGAACUUGAAGAAGAGAAAUUGAACCUUGCAUCGAUUCGGCAAAAAGAGGAAAUGGCCUCAAUCACUGCGAAAUCUCUAGAAGCUGAAGUAGAGAAAAGCAGAACAGAAAAGCUUCUGCUUCAGAUGAAAGAAAGGGAAGCUAGAAUUCCGCAGAAAGUACGAGAAGCUGCUGAAGAGGCUAAAGAAGCCAACUCACUGAGUCAAGCAGCUCGCGAAGAGCUGCAGCGAGCGAAGGAGGAGGCCGAGCAAGCGAAGGCGGCAGCGAGCGCAAUGCAGAGCAGAUUACUUGAAGUUCUAAAGGAGAUUGAGGCUGCCAAGACUUCCGAGAGAUGCGCAAUGGCGGCAAUCAAUGCAUUGAAGGAGAGUGAAUUAGUUCAAAGCAGCCAAGAAGCAGAUUCGUCGGCGGAGGUAGUGACGCUUUCUUUGGAGGAGUAUUACUUGCUGAGCAAGCAUGCACAUGAGGCUGAAGAGGGAGCCAAGGCAGUGAUGGCGACGGCGAAUGCUGAAAUUGAGGCAGCUAAGGAAUCUGAAAUGAUAAGUUUGGAAAAGUUGAAUGAAGUGACUACAGAGAUUGCUGCUAGAAGAGAAACUUUAAGGGAUGCAAUGUGUAAAGCUGAGAAGGCUAAAGAAGGAAAGUUAGGCAUGGAAUACGAGUUGCGAAGAUGGAGGUCGGAGCGCGACAGAGGGGAACACCAGAAAAGCAUGUCCAGGGACAGUUUUGAUUCAGGUUCAAGGGGUUAUGACAGUGCAAUUGGAUCACCAGAUUUAAGAAAUGGAAAGAAGAAGAAGAAGUCAUUUUUUCCAAGGUUUUUGAUGUUCUUUGCAAGAAGAAAAUCAUAUUCGUCACAUCACUGUAGUCCCUAUUGAAAACAUCAUUUUUAUUGAUAUUGCAUCAUGAUUCAUGAUAAAUAAAUUCUUAACCAUCUCAUGAU